AUGGAGGCACUCAAAGUUUGCUUCCCGAGUUCUUUAGCGAUGUUCUCAUUUUUGCGAUUUGAAGCACUUGCCAUUGCCCCUGGGCCUUCUAUUCCUCCUUCUCCUCUAUCUCCAGCCGCUACACAAGAGGUACCUUCACUAUCUGCACAAUAUUCACCAAAGGCACCCCAUCCGCCUCCCCCUCCUCAGGUCACCCCAUCGGCAAGCCCAGUGAUCAUGAUCAAUGUUAAGUCCUCUGGUGAGAGUGAGGCGGAGGCCCCUGCUGAGGAGAUACCACCACCAGCCCCUGCUGUCGUGGGCGAGGCCCAGUACCCCACGCGGUCUACAGAGUAG